AGCACGAGUAUCUCUCUCCACAAGAAGCAAGUGAAAAGAAAGAAGAAACAACACCACAAGCCACCACGUACGUAAGCUUUAUCACCUUCAAAAAUGUCGGGUUGGUUCGGGGGUAAGACGGACGCCAAGGCCGACGAGGCCGCCAAGACGGGGCCGUCCGUCCAGGACCGCGCCAUCGAGGCGAAGGACCAGACCAUCAGCUUCAUCGGCGAGAAAAGCGAGGCCGUCACCAAGGCGGCGUCGGACACCGCCGACGCGGCCAUGAAGAUGGGGAGCGACGCCAUGGGGAAGGCGUCAGAGACGGGGCAGGCCAUCACGGACCGCGCCAUCGAGAGCAAGGACCAGACGUUCGGCUUCUUCGGUGAGAAGACCGAGGCCGCCAAGAAGAUGGCCGCCGACACCGGCGACGCCGCCAAGCAGAAGUCCGCCGAGGCCGCAAAGUGCGUCGAGGAGAACGCGGCGAAGUUCACCGGGGAACCCGCCGCCCCCAAGGAGCCCACCGGCAACAUGUUCCAGCAGGCCGGCGGGCAGGUGAUGGGUGCCGCUACGGGCGCCAGGGACGCCGUCAUGAACACGCUCGGGAUGGGAGGAGACAAAGCCGACGUCGGCAGCGCCAAAUGAAGACCGCAAAGCGCAAAGGAGGGCUAGCCCACUUUUCGUUUCGUCAUUCCCUCCGUAUUCCUUUAUUUCCGUUCCAAGAAACUGAUCUCUACGCAUGCGUCGGUGUAACUUCGUCCGGUGUAUGCAAAGAUGCUUUGAAUCUACAGACUUGCUAAUUCUCAUCUGAUGAAUAUAUUCUUCACAUAUCA